UUCUCUCAGGUGGAGGCUACACGACUGCUCUGUUGAUCACCUAUAUUGCAGGAUACGAAAGAGCAACUAAAUUCGAAAAUCACAAAUAACGGUAUUUCAAUACUGAUCGUGCCAGUAACCAUGACUAGAAACAUAGUUUUCGUUCUCUCGUUGUUGGUCGCUGUCAUCCCUGCGAACCAAGCUGAGACGAGGUACCCAAGGGGACUCAGAAGCCGACUUGAAGCAGACGACUUUUUCCGCGAAGAAGCUGCCUAUUAUGACGACGUGGGGCUAACUUUUCCUGACGAGGAGCACGUCGCGUACCCGCAACGCCUGCGAGUUCGCCGUCAGUUGGCAGCGUCAAGCCUCGGGGGUAACCACGAAGAUCGGAAUGGAGCACCUAGGCCCGUGGGAAAGCUGCACGGGUUCCUCAACGCUGAUGGCGGAGGCAACAGCCGCAACAACCACCACGUCAACGUAGGAGCUGGCCUGGGCAGCGUCGUGUGGCGCAGUCCUAACCAACGUCACUCGGUGGGCGUGGGCGCCACCGUCGACCACUCCAGAGGGAGAGUUGAUGGCUUCAACUUUCACACUAAACCCAACGUUGGCGUCGGAGUUGGCUACAAAUGGAAAUUUUGAUUAAAAGGAAACUUGUGACUGACAUUGGACCUUCUCAGCCUCGAAACUUUGAACCUUCAUGGAUUAUUAUAGGUCGUUUGAUUCUGUUAAAAUUAUUCUCUUCCAACCAGCUAUGCCAGAGUUUACGGGAGUUUUAGGAUCUGAAUUACAAAGACAUCGUUUAAUAAAUAUUUAAUUGUAA